CUGUACCAGUAAGACCGAGGGAGACAGAUUUUUUGUUGAUAAAAUGGUCUCCGUCUCAUCGACGAAACUCAAACACCUUUAUUAAAGCAAUCGAGCGAGGGGAGAAUCGAAUGGUGAGUUUGUUUGUGAGUGUGCGUUGAGUGAUGGAGGAAGCAAAAGGAGUGGUGAAGCAUGUGUUGCUAGCAAAGUUCAAAGAUGAUAUCUCACCUGACAAGAUUGAAGAACUCAUUAAAGCCUAUGCUGACCUUGUCAAUCAUAUUCAACCCAUGAAGGCCUUUCAAUGGGGUAAGGAUGUGAGCAUUGAGAACCUACAACAAGGUUUCACUCAUGUGUUUGAGUCUACAUUUGAAAGCACUGAAGGGGUGGCUGAGUAUGUUUCACACCCAAAGCACGUCGAAUUCGCAAAUCUGUUCCUCGGCCAUUGUGACAAAGUGAUUGUUAUUGAUUAUAAACCUACCACUGUUCGUUGUUGAAUUCAGCAAGAGCAGGCCAACUUGUUGUUAUGUGACCAUAAAUCAACUCCACAAUUUCUUGUAAUUUCAGCAGAUCAUCGCUUUGCAUUGCAAUUUGCAAUAUAACUCUUAUAUUUGGUGU